AUGAGCAAAAAUUAUUAUUCACUUGUUGUUGAUGCGGGGGGUUUUGACAAUCUUCAAUUUCAAGAGAAAGAUUGUCGGAAUUUUAUUGAUAAGGCGCGACAUUUGAGGUUGGGCAAAGGAGGUGGUGACGCCCUUAAUCAGUAUUUUCAAAGAAUGAGAGAUCAGAAUGAUGGUUUCAUUUCUAAUAUGGACGUGGAUGAUGAUGGAAGGUUACGCAACGUGUUUUGGGCUGAUGCUCGGAGUCGAGCAGCCUAUGAAUAUUUUGGCGACGUUGUAACUUUUGAUACAACGUACCUAACAAAUAGGUACGGGAUGCCGUUUGCCCCAUUCGUUGGUGUUAACCAUCAUGGGCAGUCCAUAUUAUUAGGAGCGGGGUUGCUUUCAAAUGAGGACACAAAUACUUUUAUCUGGUUGUUUCGAAUGUGGUUGGAUUGCAUGAAUGGUAAGGCACCCAAAGCUAUAAUAACCGAUCAAGAUCGGGCAAUGAAGAAUGCUAUUGCUUGUGUAUUCCCCCAAACUCGACAUAGAUAUUGUUUAUGGCAUAUUAUGCGCAAACUUCCAGAGAAGUUAGGAUCUCAUGCCAAAUUCAAUACGGGGUUGAAGACUGACAUUCAAACUGCAUUGUAUGACUCACAGACCACUACAGAAUUUGAGGAAAGGUGGGCAUUUCUACUUGCGAACUAUGAUUUGGUCGGCAAUAAAUGGCUUCAAUCCUUAUAUGAGGAAAGGUCUUUUUGGGUUCCAGCUUACUUGAAGAGUGUAUUUUGGGCUGGUAUGAGCACGACCCAACGGUCUGAAAGCAUGAAUGCUUUUUUCGACGGCUAUGUCCAUUCUGGAACAACGUUGAAAGAAUUUGUCGACCAGUUUGAUAACGCCCUUAGAAAGAAGGUCGAGGUAGAGACAAUUGCAGACUUCAAUUCUACCAACACUACUAUUCCCUGCUUGUCUCAUUUUAACAUCGAGAAGCAAUUUCAAAACUUAUAUACUAAUGCAAAGUUCAAAGAGUUGAAGAGAAUUAAUGUGUUGCCUGAUGUAUAUGUCUUGGAUCGCUGGAGAAAAGACAUUAAGAGGAGAUACACUUUACUUAGAAGUAGUUACGAUGACCAGCGGGACAGAUCAGAUGCCAGGAAUUAUGAGCUUGUGGUUAAAAGAUGUUCGCAAUUGGCAACAAAAAUUUCCUCUGAUAAUGAAAAAGUCAGUGCAUUCAUGCGUGUUGUUAAUGACUUUGAGACAAAAUGUGAAGGUUCAACACUAGAGUCGACAUGCGAGCAAACGAAGGCACAACCAAAGGUGGUCUUGGAGAAGGGUAAGAAAAUAUUAAGCCCCAUCGUGGUCCGAGGGAAAGGGAGACCUCCAAGUAAGAGGAAGGUUCCACCUGUGGAAAAGUUGGCAACAAAGAGAAAAAAACCGACAUGCAGGAGAAUUUUGGGAGAUGCAGAUGCAACACAAUUAAAAGACACAUCGAGAUCUCAAGAACCCCAAGUUGAUGAUGGAGUUUGUGUUAGAACGCAAAGCAGCAUUCUUACACAAUCAACCCAGCCGUCUAAUGAGGUUAGAGCUCAUGAAUCCUGUUAG